ACAGGCUGAAAGGGAGGCACAGCGCAAAUAAGCGGUUGUGGGCUUCCCGGAGGGCCGGAGCCUAUUGACUGGUAGAUAUCGGCGCUUCCGAAAAGGGGUUCCGGCUUCUGAUCAAUGAGAGAUUAGGUGCAACCGAUCCAAGGAAAAGCUCACAGAGUCCUGACUCUUUUGGGAAAGAAGCAGAGGCGUAAAGUAAAAAUUGCAAAAAAACCCCUCGACUUUCCGGUGCCAUGGCUCUCACAAAACUGUCUAUCACCUAUCUCUUCCUCUCAAUUUCUACGGUCUUAGGACAUCAAGUGCAUAACUCGGGGCAGUACCCUUUGGUUGUGAGCACCUGGCCCUUCGUUGAUGCAGUAAGAGCUGCUUGGAAUGCUGUUGACAAGGGAUUAUCUGCAGUUGAUGCGGUGGUAGAGGGUUGCUCUGCUUGUGAGGAGCUCAGGUGCGAUGGUACAGUUGGGCCUGGUGGAAGUCCAGAUGAGAAUGGAGAGAUUACAAUUGAUGCUCUGGUCAUGGAUGGGACAACAAUGGAUGUUGGAGCUGUUGCUGCCAUGAGAUAUGUGAAAGAUGGCAUCAGAGCUGCAAAACUAGUGAUGGAACAUACAGGCCAUACACUUCUUGUUGGAGAGAAGGCCUCAGCUUUUGCCAUUUCCAUGGGUCUUCCAGGACCUACAAAUCUUAGCUCACCAGAGUCUAUGGAAAAAUGGCACAUGUGGAAGGAGAAUCACUGCCAACCUAAUUUUUGGAAGAAUGUUCUCCCCGUGAAUACCUGUGGCCCUUAUCAUCCAAAGGACGACUCUUCCAUUGUGGAGCUCACUGGUGAGACAUGUUCUGGAGGCAAUUUGAAGAGUCUUCCAUGGAGUUCAUCUCAUAUCAGCCACCACAACCAUGACACUAUUUCCAUGGCUGUAAUUGACAAAAUGGGGCACAUUGCAGUUGGUACCUCAACUAAUGGAGCUACCUUUAAGAUCCCUGGCAGGGUAGGGGAUGGGCCUAUACCAGGGUCUUCCGCAUAUGCUGACGAUGAAGUUGGGGCAUGUGGUGCAACAGGGGAUGGUGAUGUUAUGAUGCGCUUCCUCCCAUGUUAUCAAGUUGUGGAAAGUAUGAGAUUAGGAAUGGAACCCAAGGUUGCUGCUGAGGAUGCAAUAUCACGGAUUGCACGAAAGUAUCCAGAUUUUACUGGAGCCAUUUUUGCUGUUGAUAAGAAUGGUUUGCACGCGGGCGCUUGCCAUGGAUGGACAUUUCAAUAUUCAGUUAGAAGCCCGGGCAUGGAAGAUGUAAAAGUAUUCACUGUGCUCCCUUGAGACCGCAACUACCAGGAAGUGUGAUAAAUUAGUUUUGCUUCUUUAUGGCAGAGUGGUCUUCAGUUGUCUUGUGCUAGUCCUGUUUCUUAGAUAGUUUUUUAUUAAACUUUGUUACCUAUCGAAUUUUCUGUUAUAUGGAUAUCUUAAGAUGUUUCCCUGAUGCAAUAAAUGAUUUUCUAGUACUA